GCCCACUCUUUCAUCAUCACCAUCAUGGAUGUCGAGAUGCUCGAUGUUUCUUCGGGUGCUCCCCAAAUCUCUGCCAGCAGUCGAUUCUGCGCCUCGUGCAAAAAGCCAAUGCCCAACGAUGCACUCUAUAAAUCGUGUGAGCUAUGUCUAACCAAGAAACGGGAAUACCAGAGAAGACGCGCCACCGAACGAAAGAAGCAAAUAAUGGCUAUUAAAGAUGUUGUUGGGAUGAAAAGGAAGGCUGAGGAUGUCGUAUUGGAUGCGAAUGCGAAGAAGAAAAGGGUCAGACAAAUUUUACGGGAGGUACAAGUAACGGACUCAGUACAGGACCCCGUGGUCUCUAAAGGAGUCAGCGGAACCUUCGUUGUCCAAACGGCGUCCGACCUUUACAAGCUCGUGAAAGCCCAACCAAAGCUCGUGAAAGCCUGCCAUUCCAUCAUUUCUGUCGAAUCCAUCGAUCACCAGAAACGUACCAAGCUUGUGUCGAAAGAUCUUCUUUCCUUUGCGGGACUCAGAUUCGACCGCUUCGAGAAUAUUUUUAACGGGAUACAUCUUCCCGGCACCUAUACGCGUAUCUUCAAGUGCAAGUGCCAGUCGAAAGAGCCGUCGAAGGAACAGGAGCCGUUGAAGCGUAGGGCAAGCGACUUAAGCUCUUGGGUUGUUUCUUCAAAGUCCAAAUCGCCAGAGGGCCCUUGCUCAGGUAGGAUCACUGUCGUCGCAGAGGACGAUAAUUCUCAUCCUUUGGGUAUCCCUGGGCAAAAGGUUACUGUCACCGUUAACCACUAAAGCUUGUCCUUGUCUUUUCUUCUUGCUUCAAUUUACCUUAUGCUUGUAGAUAAAUCAUC